AUGGUGACGAUCCAAAGCUCUUGGAACGAAGCAACUCAAGAACAACCAAUUUUCAUUACUUUACGUGAUAGUUACACAAAAAUUGGAGAACAUACACCAAGUCAAAAGAACGAUCGUUUUGAACAUGGAAAUACAAGCUCUAUGAUUGGCAUGAAGACUUUAAAGAAAUCAACAUUUCUAGCACUUGUACAUUUUAAACUGCUAGUCUACACUCGUAUCAUAUUUUACCCCACUAUCAAUGAUUCAAAGGACAUGCAGAAACUGAAUGAAUCGAAUGGGCAAGGUAUCGAAUUUUUAGGAUAG